AUGUCCUGGUCUCCUUUCUCUGCAGUGACCCAGGAUCCCAGCCCACCCUCUGCCAUGAAAAUCCUUCCUUUUCUCCUUGUUCUCCUCUUGGUGGCAUUUCACGGAGCUGCAGGUAGAAGCUUGGCAAGGCCCAGGAGGCCUUACAUGGAGUGUGGGUAUCGUGGGACCUUCUGCCACAGGGGGAAAUGCCCUCGUGGCAACGAUUACCUGGGGUCGUGUCGUUCUGGGUACAGUUGCUGUAGGUGGUAA